GCGGAGGGGGAGCUCUGUGGUGGUGGUGGAGUCGGGCAUUGAAGGAGAAGGAGACAGAGCAAACGCAGACCUCAGACCAGCCCACCUCACCUCACUGUCCUCGCUCUCUGUGCCCGGCGCACGUCGGCGAAUCUGACCGCGGAUCAGCUCCUCCGCACUACGAGUUACACCAACUGGGACUCAGACCAGAGGAAAUCGUGUUCGUCGACAGCCAAGUCCGCACGCCAAGACACAUCCAGAGCAGACCACGGCGAGGAAACGGACGGUGUGACAAGAAGGGACGGGAAUCAAGGGGAAGGCUGCGAGGAACAACAGAGGGGCUCCGAGGCAGAAACACGUUUCACGGCGAGAGGAGAGAGAGGCUGCUCCCGCUGAAGGAGAAGUAUUGCGCCUAGCUAAUUUCCAACAUUUUCUAUUAUUGGCAGCGAGAGUGUGCUCCCCGAGCUACAUUUAUAACGAGAGCUAGCGGAAUGUAAUGCUAGCAAGCUAGCUAAUGUUAGCGGGCUAAUUAGCUCGUCAGGCAUCCAAGAGUCGGACGUUUGAUCUUUAUUGAAAUAGGUCACGGCUCCGCGUCGUUUUACUUUUUGGAGGAAAAAAAGGAUUGUACUUGGCUUUGUCCUAUAUCCUGGCACGGUCAUAAUGUUCAGUCUCGAAUAGCUAACGCCAAGUUAGACAAUAAACAGUGCUGUAAGCUGCCUAUAUUGAUGAAAAUCGGCUCAACAUUAUUCGUCUUCGCUUUUUGGGGAAAAGCCUAAUCCAUUGUGAAUAUCGAGCUGUGGACAAAUCACAAGGAGAAGGCAAAGGUAGAGAAGAGACUUUUGAGUGGUGACUGUCUGCCGUCCAAUGUUAAUGUCGACCGACGUUGCAUCUAUAAUGCUACCCGUUAGUCGGGGAAUAAUGGACCGGGAAAGAGACAUUGAUACAGCAGCCGGAACCCUCGCAAACGCGGCCGGGGGUCCAGCAGCUGUCCGGGGGAUGAAGCGAGGAGACCCGGAGCCCGACGCUCAGGCAGCCGCUGCCCUGACUGACUUGGCCGGGGCGGAGUGCAAGAGACCGAGGAUAGACGGGACCGGGAGUGUUGUUGGUGACAUUGGGCAGAACAAUGAGCCUUUAAACCCCGGUUUCCAUGGAUACCCACCUCACAGUCAGGGCUCCCAGGAUUCGACAGGAGGACAGGAAGGAUUAGUGGCCCCACCCUUUUCAGCGUUCCCGCCUCCACCCCCUCCUCAAAACGGGCUACCAGGGACAGAGUUUGGCCCUGGGGCCAUGUUUGGUGCUGGGGGCCAAGUUGCAGCAGAGGUAGGGGCCAGUGCUAACGGAGCCGCCACCACAGCCACCAACAGCAGCAACAAUGGAAAGACAGAGGAGACGUCCCAAGGGGAGCCUGGUGUACAGUGCGGUACAGGAGGCACAGGAGCGGGAGGCUCUGUGGGAGACCCCUCAGAGGCCAAGGGGACCCCCAAACGCCUGCAUGUCUCAAACAUCCCCUUCCGCUUCCGGGACCCCGACCUCAGGCAAAUGUUUGGGCAAUUUGGAAAGAUUCUGGAUGUAGAAAUUAUUUUCAACGAGAGGGGUUCAAAGGGUUUUGGCUUUGUGACAUUUGAGACCAGCGCAGACGCAGAGAAAGCCAGGGAAAAGCUCCACGGCACAUUGGUGGAAGGUCGUAAGAUUGAGGUGAAUAACGCCACGGCCAGGGUGAUGACGAACAAGAAAAUGGUCAGCCCCUACCCUAAUGGAGAAGCUCUCAGCACACUGCCUUAUGCGGGGUGGAAAUUGAGUCCUAUGGUGGGGGCCGUGUACGGACCAGAGAUCUAUGCAGUGCCAGGGUUUCCCUACCCUUCUGCAGCAGCCGCAGCCACUACAGCAGCAGCAGCGUUCCGCGGCGCCCACCUCAGGGGCCGAGGUCGGCCCGUCUACAGUGCAGUGCGGGCUGCUGUGCCUCAGCCUGCCAUUCCUGCCUACCCUGGACUAGUGUUUCAGGACUCAGUCCUUAGUCCCAGAUUGCCUCAGGGAGGCUACCCUGCUGCUGCUGCUGCUGCUGCCGCCGCCUAUCGCUACGCUCAGCCCGCGGCCGUAACCGGAGCAACCGCCGCAGCUGCCGCCUACAGUGACAGUUACGGCCGGGUGUACACUACAGAUCCCUACCAUGCUUUAAGUCCAGCUGCUGCUGCUUACGGAGUCGGAGCCAUGGCCAGCUUAUACCGGGCGGGAUACAGCAGGUUUGCUCCUUACUAAAAACCACAAAUCACACCCAAGGAAUUUCCCAUCGCUCCAAAUCCCCUUUUCAAGCUCUUUGUUUGGCAGCAGCUCCCCUCCAUUUUUCUGCAGGCGGACUAUAGUGACAACUCAUGUGUUUUGUUUUUCCUCUUUUUUUCUUCUUCUUCCUCUCAUUUUUGUGGCGAGAGAGGUCAUUUUGCCACAUCAUCAACUCGAACUCUGUUUCUGUACUCUUCUGUCUGUCGCCUAAAUGGAAACGAUGACAAAACUGCCACGAGUGUGUCCCACGUAAAAAAAGCUGGAGCCUGCUACUUUGAACUACGGGGACACAAUUUGGGAUGUUUUCUUAGAAACACUACAGGAGCUGGGAGGAGAGAGACUGCUCUUCCUGUGUGAUCCUGCACACUACAAACCUUUUCUUUUUCCUACAAGUCUCUGAACUUACAGUAUAUCCACUGCCCUAUAAGACCUAAUUACACCUAUAUACACACACACGCACACACACACACACACACACACACACACACACACACACACACACACACACACACACACACUUACUGUUUUCUCUACAUUUUCCUUUAGUGCACAGAAUUAUGCCACAGCAUAUAAAAAAAAGAAAAGGUACUUUUGUUUUUAAACACUACAUUUUAACGGGGUCGUCCCUCUGGCUUAGCAUUGUUGUUUAAUGUUGAAAACAUGAAUCAAGCUCGGACUGCUCAACACAGAAGAUGUAGGAACUAUUCUUGGUAUUUUGUAAAGCUGGAAUACUGAACGUUCAGCCGGAGGGAACUCCAGAGCAUCCGACUGACAGAAACCACAAACUCUAAACAACACAGCAUGGGAAUAAGUCUCGUUUUUGUCCUUUUCCAAUAAUUUUCGCCCUCCCCCAAGUGUAAAAGGAAACACAAGAAAACUAAUGUUCAAAAAAAAGGAAACAAAAAAAGACAAGGAAACAAAAACAAGUGACUGUUUUUUUCUGCGUUACCUCAGUUUAUUCUCUCGUCUGUUUUGUUUUGAAGCUGCAUAGAAAAAUGUCCGUUACUUUCAGUGACAGAUCCUUUCACUUCUGCACAUAUUCCGUUUAUUACUGCAGCACCAAGAUGUUCAGCUUUGAGCUGACCCCGUUUGCAUGCCCAUUUUCAGAGUUCACCUCCCCCGUAAGGCUCACAGUGCUUCUUCCAAAAAAGGACUCGCUUCAUUUCUCCCUGUCUCAUGAACCGUCAGACAUUCCAGCUGUAGCUGUGAUGCAGUGAAACAACGGGUCGGAUGGACAAAGAACCCGUCGAACACAACUAGAUUUAGCAAAAAAGAACGAAAAAAGAGGCAGAUUUGAGGCGGGAACGCCCACGUGGGGAACAAAUCAUCUGCCAGUCAGCCAAAUGGGAAUCCCUCCCGGCCAAUUGAGAUGUAUUAACGCCUGCAGGCUUCAGGCAGGGCUGCUCUGUGCUCGAGCUCUGUGCGUGGAAAUGGUGUCUGAUCUUAGCUCGGCAGAGCUGUAGAUCCUAACGGAACAGCUCAGAUUAGAACACAGUCAAACGUAGAGAUAGCAGUCAUAUAAUGAAGUAAUGAGAACUGAAACACUUUCUAUUUAUAUUCAUUGUUUUUAAUGUGACAGGACGCCACACACACUGUCAGUCGGCACCAUUUUGUCAUUUUAAACCCUUCAUCACGCUCUCUGGGGCCGUUCACUCCAGAUAGUUUUAAAAUUCUCCUCACCGGACUGUCUGAAGGCAUCGAAACGACUGGCAGCCAGAAUCUUUCUAGUCCAGGUCUCUGUCCUGUAUGUAUCACAUCUCCAUAUACUCUCACUGUGUUCUUAUUGAUAUUAUUUGCCUUUUUUGGUUCCAAAGAUUUUCUGAAGAAAGCACAUUUUUGGUCCUGAUGUAUUUCUGAUUUUUGUGGUUGUUUUUUCUUUUUCUUUUUGCCUUUGUUUUAUAUAUAUAUAUAUAUAUUUUUUUUUUUUUUUUUUUUUUAUGUCUGGUGGGUUGAAGCUGUAUUUUUCAGCAGCCUGAGCAGCAGCGUCUACAAAGAGACAUUAAAAAAACGGUUGCAGCAAACAAACACUACCUUGCUCAGUUAAAUUCAGUCCACACACUAAUUUAUCGGCUUCUUUUUUUUUUUGUUUGUUUUUUUGUUUUCAGUAAACAUGCUGUAGAUGCAGAGGUGUUUGCUGCAGACAAGGGAAAUCAGAGCAGAUGGGAGUCAUGAGGGAUAUGCAGAAAGACGGAGGGGAUUCAGCAGGGCCAAAUUACAGGCGAGGUAGACGGAGGGAGACGUCCACACAAUGUCGGCCCAGCAGAGGCCACCUUUGUCUUUUUUUUUUUAACAAUGAAACAAUGUGUGGGCGGUUAGUCCAGGGAAAUCGUGGCUGGUGAUGGUGAAGGUGAGCAGCUGAGCCAUUAAUCAUUAGCUGACAGGAUAACAACGUCCCCUGCUGUCUUUUAAAAAAAAAAAAAGAAAAAAAAAAACUUUUCAGGGGGUACAGUGCGCUCAGGGUGGAGCGGACAGUGUGAGGAGGGGUAAUGUUGUUUUGUAUGAUUGUGAAAACUGUGCAGUAGGUCCAAUGAAUAUUUCUUUGACGCGCAUUACCUCUUUUGAUUAUUUUUUUUGUCUUAUUAUUCCUCACAAGUAUUAUCAGAAGUGUUGCUAUGCAUGCUUUUGUGCGAGAGGGUAAGGGUCGUCAAGUCAGAAUCUUUUUUAUUUGUGCAUGAAUUCAAAUCAUAGUGCUGGAGGAGGAAGAUUAAGGAGGAGGAGGAGGAUGGGGUGUUUACAUGGCGGGAGGAGGAAAGAGCUCGGACGUGGCGUGAUGAGAGGAGACAGGAGUGAUGAGGGGAGGAGAAGCGAGUGGGACCCACAGUCGCUUUAUGGGUCCGCUUGAAUAAUCUGGGUUAUCUGUGCUCUGUGCCUCUGUGGUCUUCGUGGUAAUCACCAGUCAUAUCAGAUGUGUAAAGUUUAAUUUGGUAUGUCCGGACCCCUGUGGUUUGCUUUUAUAAUGACAGUAGAAUUUUUU